GACAAAUUGCAUGCAUUGGAGCGGAUGCUGGAAGCUUUCGGCCAUGUUGGUGCAGAUAUUUGGCGGGGCGGAAUGUGUUGUAAGCAGUUUAAUCCCACGCCGUGCAGGCAGGUUAAUUGCUUCAGAUAACUGGAAAACAAAGCUAAUCUCCAGCAAACACACUUCUCUGUUCCCCCGUCCUGCUAUAUCGAGAUUUCCAUCAAUGGGCGGCGGCGGAGCUUGGGCGGGGCGCACGUGAUCGGCUAGCGAGCGGAAGCCACAAGAAAAGAAAAUCGCCAAAACGCACAAAUCCGAAAAGCUUCAACGUCGCAUCCCGACAUCAACAACAACCAAUUUACGAAUUUUCCCUUGCCCUUAAACAUCCUAUCUUCAGUGAAAUAAGGAGACAUGGGGGGCAAGUCCGAGACCAAGGCCGCUUACUUCGAUAAGCUCAAGAGCCUUCUUGACGAAUACAAGACCGUGUUCAUCGUCGGUGUUGACAAUGUCAGCUCUCAGCAGAUGCACGAGAUCCGUAUCUCGCUCCGUGGUGAGGGUAUUGUCCUGAUGGGCAAGAACACCAUGGUUCGCCGUGCCCUCAAGGGUUUCAUCAACGACAACCCCGAGUACGAGCGUCUCCUUCCUCACGUCAAGGGUAACGUCGGUUUCAUCUUCACCAACGGUGACCUGAAGGCCACCAAGGAGAAGAUCCUUGCCAACCGUGUCGCUGCCCCUGCCCGUGCUGGUGCCAUCGCCCCCGGUGAUGUCUGGAUUCCUGCCGGUAACACUGGUAUGGAACCCGGUAAGACCUCUUUCUUCCAGGCUCUCGGUGUUCCCACCAAGAUUGCCCGUGGUACCAUUGAAAUUACCACCGAUCUUAAGCUCGUUGAGGAGGGCACCAAGGUCGGUCCUUCCGAGGCCACCCUGCUCAACAUGCUCAACAUCUCUCCCUUCACCUACGGUAUGACCAUCCAGCAGGUCUACGACAACGGCCAGACCUUCAGCUCUGCCGUUCUCGAUAUCGAGGAGCAGCAGCUUCUCGAUGCCUUCAGCGGUGCCAUCAAGACCAUCGCUACCAUCUCGCUGGCUACCAACUACCCCACCAUUCCCUCGGUUAUCCACUCUCUCGUCAACGGCUACAAGAAGGCCUUGGCUGUUGCUGUCGAGACCGAGUACAGCUGGCCCGAGAUUGAGGAGCUCAAGGACCGUAUUGCCAACCCUGACGCUUACGCUUCCGCCGCUCCCGCCGCUGCUGCCACUGGCGGUGCUGCCCCGGCUGCUGCUGAGGCUGCUCCCGCUGAGGAGGCUGACGAGUCCGACGAGGACAUGGGCUUCGGUCUCUUCGACUAAACGUCUCGUGCCAACACACGGGAUACGAAUGCCAUGUAUUAGAUACUCUUUAUGACCAAUCAUGAGGUUGGGUAAUGAAAAAUGAUACUGGUGAACAUUUUCUGUUCUAGUAAGAUAUGAAUGUAGCUACGAUUCAUAUUCUUACACUGUCUACAAGGUACGUUUUGUCUCUUUUCAACCCUUGAGCAUCCCCUUGCCUAUCACGACACAUCCCUGGCGGAAGAUGAUAAUAUUUUUAACUCGUAACACCUGCCGGUGUGCUGAAGAUUAAAAACACGCAACAACAAACACUCUAAUUUUUUGCUGACGCCUCACCCUCAAUUGCCCUGACAUUACACACAUGCGCUGUUACUCUUCAUAUGCUAACAGUUGUCAUAGGCCGCUUCCCACUUCCUAUAUCGUAGAUGUUUAUCCUCUUCAACUCGUAGAUUGGC